UCUCUGUGUCUCAGACUGAAGGAAGCUUGAAGCAGACUUUAACAAGAGCAACCUGUUGAGUGUCAGCAUGGAAGAAUUACUGGCUCCUUUUAGGCAGGCUGUGCGGGAACAGGGUGACUUGGUCCGUGAGUUAAGGGAGAAAGGUGCUCCGGAGCAGGAGGUGAGCAAAGCUGCUGCAGAGCUGAAAUCACGGAAAAAGACUCUUGAAGCAAAGGAACUGGCUCUGCAGCCCAAAGAGGACACAGUGGAUCGAGUGAAGAUGGAAGAUACAUUGAAGAGGAGGUUCUUCUAUGAUCAGGCAUUUGCCAUAUAUGGAGGUGUGAGCGGCCUGUACGACUUCGGGCCUGUGGGCUGUGCUCUGAAGAACAACAUCCUGCAGGUGUGGAGGCAGCACUUCAUCCAGGAGGAGCAGAUCCUGGAGAUCGACUGCACCAUGCUGACCCCCGAGCCCGUCCUCAAGACUUCUGGGCAUGUGGAUAAAUUUGCUGACUACAUGGUGAAAGAUGCCAAGACAGGCGAAUGCUACCGGGCAGAUCAUCUUCUCAAAGCUCACUUAAAGAAACUGAUGUGUGAGGAGAAGUGCUCAGCGGGGCAGGUGAAUGAAUUGGAGGAUGUCAUCACACAGAUGGAUAACUACGCUCAGCAGGAGCUGGCCGAUCUAUUUGUGAAAUACAACGUCAAGUCUCCUGCCACAGGAAAUGACCUCACACCUCCUGUCUCCUUCAACCUCAUGUUUCAGACGUCCAUCGGGCCUGGAGGGAACAUGCCUGGCUACCUGCGACCUGAAACAGCUCAGGGAAUGUUCCUCAACUUCAAACGUCUGUUGGAGUUCAACCAGGGAAAGUUUCCCUUUGCUGCUGCUCAGAUCGGAAACUCCUUCAGGAAUGAAAUAUCUCCUCGCUCUGGACUCAUUCGUGUUAGGGAGUUCACCAUGGCUGAGAUCGAGCACUUUGUGGACCCAAAUGAGAAGGUCCACCCUAAAUUCUCCAAUGUGGCCGACCUGGAGAUCAUGCUGUUCUCCUCCCAGGCUCAGACAAGCGGACAGUCAGCACAAAUGAUGAGGCUGGGAGAUGCUGUGGAGCAGGGAGUCAUCAACAACUCUGUGCUGGGCUACUUCAUUGGAAGAAUCUACCUGUAUCUGAUCAAAGUGGGACUAUCCAAAGACAAAGUGCGCUUCCGUCAGCACAUGGAAAACGAGAUGGCUCAUUACGCAUGUGACUGCUGGGAUGCUGAGUCCAAAACCUCCUAUGGUUGGAUUGAAAUUGUGGGCUGUGCGGAUCGCUCCUGUUACGACCUUUUGUGUCACUCCAGAGCUACCAAAGUCCCUCUGGUGGCAGAAAAGAUGCUAAAAGAGCCCAAAACAGUAAAUGUCAUCCAGUUUGAGCCCAACAAAAGUGCCAUUGGAAUGGCCUACAAAAAGGAUGCCAAGCUGGCUCUGGAGUACCUGGCUGUCUGUGAUGAUUGCUACAUCAGCGAUCAGGAAAAGCUUCUCAGUGAAACAGGGGAGUUCAGCUUUGAGACAGACGGCAAAACCUUCAAACUCACUAAAGAUAUGGUCAGUGUGAAGAGGUUCCAGAAAACCCUGCAUGUGGAGGAGAUUAUUCCCAAUGUAAUUGAACCCUCUUUUGGGAUCGGCAGAAUCAUGUACUCGAUCUACGAGCACUCAUUCCACAUCCGGGAGGGGGAUGAACAGAGGACGUAUUUCAGCUUUCCUACCAUUGUGGCUCCAUACAAAUGCUCCAUCCUGCCUUUGAGCCAGAACCAGAACUUUGUGCCAUUCAUCCACCAGUUAGCUGAGGCUAUGACCAGAAACGGUGUGUCUUACAAAGUAGACGACUCUUCAGGGUCCAUCGGGAGGCGCUACGCGCGGUCAGAUGAGAUCGGAGUGGCUUUUGGAAUCACCAUCGACUUUGACACAGUGAACAAGACGCCUCACACGGCCACUCUGAGAGACCGUGACUCGAUGAGGCAAAUCAGGGCCGAGAUCACAGAGUUGCCAGACAUUAUACAACAUCUGGCUAGUGACACCUUGAAGUGGGCUGAAGUGGAGAGCAAGUACCCCAUCUUUGAAGGACAGGAGUCCAGCAAGAAGGAGUAACCAUCCAUCCACCCAUUCAUUUCACGAAGUGGGACACACUCUGUACAGGUCCCCAAAACCUAUCUCCAAUUGGAGAUAACAUUUGGAGAACAGUGUUGCUCAAGCAAAUCACCAACUGACAUGUUGAACUGUUCCUAUGAAGGAGGAGAACGGUUUAAUAAUCUAUAAUUUUCUACAUUGUCACGUUUGAUUGUCAAAUAAACAACAAAAUAUUUGUCCUACA